GUGUAUACGUCCUUGACUGACAUAGGUCUUGCGACUUUGUGGGCUCAAAAUGAUUCGACAAGAUUUCCACAAGAUUGAUCCGAAGAGGAGAGCAAAUCUCGACCACAAGAAAAAGCAAUUUGCUGCUCCAGUCUUCAAACAACAAGAUUAUCCGCACCGCUUAAACUUCUAUGAUGUCCCACCAACGGCAGAGAUUACGCUCGAGCAAUUCGAGCAAUGGGCUAUCGAUCGGUUAAGGAUUCUGGCCGAGAUCGAGGCCUGUUCGUAUAGAAACAAAUCGCCCGCCGAGACAGAAGCACACAUUACACCACUCCUCCAGAAAUAUCUUCCACUAUCCUCAAACACUUCUUCGUCGUUGGGUGCGACCGAUCAGCGCUUGAAAAAUGAACGACAAAAAGAUCACUAUUCACAUUUCAUUCUUCGUUUGGCCUUCUCCGCCACAGAGGACCUCCGUCGGCGAUUUGCGCGAGCCGAAACUAUGCUUUUCAGGUUCCGGUUCCAAAAAGAUGAUUCACGAGAGAGACGUGCUUUUAUAGAGAGCCUCAGUCUCGACUGGGAGCCUGUUAGUGAUGAGGAGAGGCGUGAGCUUUCUGAGCAUCUUGUGAAUGCGACACCGGGGUUACGCCGUGUUGACGAAGAAUCUUGGUAUAAGGUUGAUUGGGAGAGAGUUCCGGAGUUGGUGGAGAGACGGUCUGUCUUCUUGUAUAGAGGAAAAGCAUACGUACCAGGAAGGGAACAGUUGAGCAUGAUUAUUGCGGAAUUCACGGCUCGGUUGGAGCGUUCUUUAGAGCUCACGAGUCGAGCCCUACCACGUUUGGACGAAGAUGAUCGUCUCACACCGAUUUUAAAUCACCUGUCUAAGAACUUUGGGAGUGCUGAGUCUGUAUACUCUGAGGGCGAAGGAGUUGUUGAUGGCGCUCCAAUCACCGCAAACAACAUCGAUCAGCUUUCCCAACAUUUCCCACUCUGCAUGCGCAGUCUACAUAUGUCACUGCGCAAAAACAACCAUCUAAAGCAUUACGGCCGACUUCAAUACACCCUCUUUUUGAAAGGGAUUGGCUUAUCAUUGGAGGAGUGUAUCGUUUUCUGGCGUCAAUCAUUCAAAGGAUUUACCGACGACGAGUUCAAUUCCCGGUAUAAGUACAACAUCCGUCACGCCUAUGGCGAUGUGGGCGGUGAUGUCAACCGCAGAGGUCGCGGCUAUCCUCCUUACUCAUGCCAGAAGAUCCUGGGCGACUCAAACCCAGGAGUUGGGCAGACACACGGCUGUCCUUACCGUCAUUUCUCCGUUGACAACCUCAUUGGGCUUCUUCAGUCCACUGGCAUUAGUGACAGGGAAUUACUGCGUGGAGUGCGGGAAGACGUGGAAAAGACUCGGUAUCAUAUCGCUUGCAACAGGGUCUUCGAGUGGACGCACAAGGCAGAGAUCAAGCGAGUAAAAGAGGACGGCACUUGGAAUCAGACGGAUCUGGACACCAUUGUCCACCCAAACACAUACUUCAAGCGCAGCUAUCUCCUCAAGCAGGUGGGGAAAGCUUCAAGGAAAGCUUAACAGCUUGUUAAAUGCACUUUACGAAGCUGUGGUUGCUUGAAAUUUUCACUUGCACACAGUUGUACAUGAGGCGUUGAUGGGUUCGGUUUAUUGGACGUCACAGCCAGGCAGUCUUUCGCUUAGGUAGAAAUCUACGUGUAAAACUAAUCUGCAUAUUGUAAUGAUAUCCUCCUUUUCCCACCGCUCCCACGCCAAUUAAAUGGCUAAGGAGGGUCAUGAUGUGACCACAGCUGAUUCCCAAAUUAUCCGAAAGGAUCGGAACGACCUUUCAAAUCCAGGUGCCCAGCAACGGGUCAGGUUACUCUUCACUCGAUGCGAAAGAGCAACUUCGUCAUUGAGAUGGACGGAAGCUGCCAAAAAUUCAGACGUAUC